AUGGCCGACAACAAUCAAUCUGCGGGGCCACAAAACAAUCCCGCUGGCGGCGAACGCGGCGGUCGACGACGAGGAGGCGGACGCGGAGGAGCUUCUCACAACCCAAAUCGCACAGAUCACCGCCGAAACGAAGGACACAUUGAAGGUAGCGAACCCAGAAACUCCCGCGGUCGAAGUGGCAGAAGAGGACGAGGCCGUGGCGGCAACGAGCGCAACAACCCACCGCCAACCGCAACCUAUGGAGGUGGUGGGCAACCACCCGGUGAAAGCCCUGAUGGACCAGGCACCUCCGGUGACCACCCGACUGGAGAUGCCAUAAAGGGGGAGGGUGAAGCGACUGGCAAGCAGUUGGUUACAGCGGCCACGGACGAGCCUGACGACGGCGAAACUGAAUCGCCGUUUGUGAUAUUCACGGAUGAUCCUAAUAAACGUUUCGAGGACUUUACGAGCACCGAUUUAUCUCGGACUGAUACUAACUUGGGUAUCAAAUAUGAAAAAGACGAGAUUUACGAAGAUACUGUUAUUCUGUUGCGCUACAAUUGUCCGGAUAAGGAUUGCGAUGUUGCAUGCAUGGGGUGGCCGGAUUUGCAUCGUCACGUCAAGAGUAAGCAUGGAAGAUCUAUGUGUGAUCUGUGUACUCGGAAUAAAAAGGUCUUUACACACGAGCACGAGCUGUUCACUAUCGCGCAACUUCGCAAGCACGAAAAGUUUGGAGAUGAUACACCCGGCGCUAUUGACCAGAGUGGAUUUAAAGGCCACCCUGAAUGUGAAUUCUGUCACGAGCGCUUCUACGGGGAUGACGAGUUGUAUGCCCACUGCAGAGACAAGCACGAGCGAUGUCACAUCUGUGACCGACAGCCUGGCAAUCGCCAGCACCAAUACUAUAUCAACUAUGAUGCUCUCGAGGAGCACUUCCAGAGAGACCACUUUUUGUGUCUGGAUAAGGAGUGCUUAGAGAAGAAAUUCGUCGUUUUUGAGAGUCAGAUGGAUCUCAAAGCUCACCAAUUGGAAGCACAUCCCAAUGGACUUUCCAAAGAUGCUCGGCGCGAUGCCCGUACAGUAGACAUAUCUACAUUCGAUUACCGAGCACCCUAUCAACCAGGACGACGAGGCCGUGGCGGCCGAGAUGGCCGAGAUGGGCGAGAAGGACGUGGCGCUGGAAGAGGUCGCGAUCCCAAUGCAGAUUCACUUCCUCUCUCAAGCGCCCAACCAAUGCGAAGAGACGAAUUAGCCUACCAACGCCAGAUGGCCAUUCAAAGCGCGCAAUCCGUCUCUACUCGAAGCUUCGGUGGACAACUCACCGCGCGCGAGCCUGCGCCUACCCCCGCUCCUCGUUCCCCAGCUGGACCCCUACCCGGUCAAACCACCACCGCAGGCCCUCGUACUCCUGCAGCCCCCGUGAACGCCAUGGAGAACCUAAACCUAAACAACACCGCAAAUAUGGCCUCCCUCUCCCCUCAAGACCAAGCCCGCCGCCUCCGCCACGCUGCCGUCGUUGAGCGCGCAUCCAACCUCCUCGAAAACGACGCCUCCAAAAUCUCCGAAUUUCGCACCAAAGUCUCCAACUACCGCACCUCCCUCAUAACCGCCACCGAUCUCAUCGACUCCUUCUUCUCGAUGUUUGACACCCCAACCUCAGAACUAGGCAAACUAAUCAAGGAACUUGCCGAAAUCUACGAAGACGACUCUAAAAAGUCCUCUUUACUUUCAGCAUGGAAUAACUGGCGCGCCAUCAACGAGGAUUAUCCCGCCUUACCAGGCCCACCAGGCAUCCUCCCAGGACUUUCGUCCGGCACAACCGGCUCCGGCGGAAAACGCGUCCUGCGCCUCAAAUCGUCUACAGCGCAAUCGUCGCGCUCUGCGGUUGGUCGCGCCGGUAGUCUUUCUAGUGCGAGUAGUAGCACAAACCCAUUCCCGCCACUUUCCGCGCCAACAGCGGCCAAACGUGCAGUUGCCAAUGCGCCCGUCUGGACUAGUACGCCGCCUACCAGGCCCUCUGUGACGACCACAUCAUCAUACGCGCGCCCUGCACCUCGCGCAUCAACGGGUCCCGCGCCUCGAACGGCAGAUCGAAACGCGUUUCCGGCUCUUCCUGCAGCUCCCAAACCGAAUACGUUAAUGGCCGGCUUGACGCGCGGGACGGUGCGAUGGGAUGAUCGUCGGGGUCCGGCGCCGGCAGCUUGGGGUACUGAGACGUCGACGUCUGGUGCUUCGACGCCCGGAGAGGGUGAUGAGACUGUUGGAGGGAAGAAAGGGAAGGGGAAGAAGGGGAAACAGAUUUUGUUCCAGUUUGGAUAG